AUGCUAACUCCGACCUUGGUGCACGAACAAUUCAAUGCCUUGUCCAGUGCCUACAGUGACAACGCGGCAGUCAUUUUGGGCUCGGAAGGCUCCUUUCUGCCGCCCUCACACAUCAAUGGCGAAUACAACGUCGUGGAUAAGCCAGUCUACAACGUCAUAAAGGUAGAAACUGGUUUUGCCUCCGUUCAAAGAGACAGCGCCGAAGUACAGCGUCGGGCUCAAGAGGUUAUCAACGCUUGCGCGUCCAUGGCAAAUGACAACCCAAUCCUGUUCAUACGUGAUGUGGGUGCGGGUGGCUUGAGCAAUGCGAUUCCCGAACUCGUUCAUGACAUUAGCAUUGGAGGAAACUUUGAGCUCCGUGAUAACGACAACGCAGGAUGUAGAACUGCUACGAGAUCUGGUGCAAUGAGGCGCAGGAAAGAUAUGUUCUACCCGUCGCCCUACCUACCUUCCUAA